AUGACGAAUAUUACACUGGAGUUGAACCAGACGCGACCGAGCCUGACCAAGCCGAUCCCGCUCCGGCUGACCACAUCGCCGACCCUGUUGACUUUUUGGUUGGAUCUGAUGACACCCCGGCGGACGAUGCCUCUUCUGCCGAUUCUGAUCCUACAGAUGCUGACUGGGGGCGGUGACCAAGUGCAUGACGUGGACACGACCGAGGUUGACCAGUUAGCUAAGGAGUGGGAAGACUUAAGGCGAGCGGUAGCGGAAAGUGAGCAGCUUGUUGCUCCACUGCGGAUAGGUUUCGAUGCGGUUGGUCGCAGCUUUGCACAACGUGGUCGGGAGCUUGACCAAUUAUAA